ACGGGCGCAUGCGUAAGGGGGCCCGCCGCGCUAGCCCAAGCUUAUAAAAGGGGAAAAAACUGUGUGUGGUUCUCGACGGGCCGCGAAUCUUCGGACGGAAGUGCGUUGCCAUUCGUGCAGCGAGAAAGCAUUCGAGGACGCGCCUGCUCCCGCCGUCUCAACUGCCAGCGAGACGUGCUUGUUUCUCCUGGGACUCUGUGGUAUCUCAGGCCACAAACCUUCAGGUAUUCAUGAUGCUCUCUUCCCCUUCUCCACCAACCUAUUACCAACCUACUUGUCCUUGAGGUUUUGAAGUUCUGCUUCUGGAUGUCUUGAGUGUUGUCUUUGACACUCGGCAGAGCCUGUUUAUCACAUUGAUUGCUGUAUAUCCCUCAUGCCUGCCCCAGAAUAGAUACUUAGCUGAACUCAAACUUGUGACCCUCUUGCCUCAGCUUCCCAGAAUGGGACUGCACACUUUACCAUGGCCCUUGUGUCUGCUGACUCCCGCAUCGCAGAGCUCCUCACAGAGCUUCAUCAGCUGAUCAAACAAACCCAGGAAGAGCGUUCUCGGAGUGAGCACAACUUAGUGAACAUCCAGAAGACCCAUGAGCGGAUGCAGACAGAGAACAAAAUUUCUCCUUACUUCCGGACAAAGCUGCGCGGCCUGUACACCACUGCCAAGGCUGACGCAGAGGCUGAGUGCAACAUCCUCAGGAAGGCCCUGGAUAAGAUCGCCGAGAUCAAGUCUCUCUUGGAAGAGAGGAGGAUUGCGGCCAAGAUCGCGGGCCUGUACAAUGACUCGGAGCCCCCUCGGAAGACCAUGAGGAGAGGGGUGCUGAUGACGCUGCUGCAGCAGUCGGCCAUGACCCUACCCCUGUGGAUCGGGAAGCCUGGUGACAAGCCCCCACCUCUCUGUGGGGCCAUUCCAGCAUCAGGGGACUACGUGGCCAAACCUGGGGACAAGGUUGCUGCACGGGUGAAGGCUGUGGAUGGGGACGAGCAGUGGAUCCUGGCUGAGGUGGUCAGUUACAGCCACGCCACCAACAAGUAUGAAGUGGAUGAUAUUGAUGAAGAAGGCAAAGAGAGACACACCCUCAGCCGCCGGCGCAUCAUCCCGCUGCCCCAGUGGAAGGCCAACCCCGAGACGGACCCCGAGGCCCUGUUUCAGAAGGAGCAGCUUGUGCUGGCCCUGUAUCCACAGACCACCUGCUUCUACCGGGCCCUGAUCCACACUCCCCCACAUCGGCCCCAGGAUGACUACUCCGUCCUGUUUGAAGACACCUCCUACGCAGAUGGCUACUCCCCUCCUCUCAAUGUGGCCCAGAGGUACGUUGUGGCUUGUAAGGAGCCUAAGAAAAAGUGAAGAAGGCUGGCAGACGCAGGCAACUGCUGCCCUCACUCCUCCUGGGAGAGGCAACAAAGGCUUUUCUGUGAGCAAAUAAAUCCUCAUCCCUCUC